AUGUUGGGGCGUGUGUUGCAUGUGGUUGUCGACGCCAUGCUGAUAAGCAUGGUGCUCUCAGGCAUCAAGCGAAACACGGGUCUGACCGUGGCACUGCCUCGCAUCAAGCACCUCGAGAUGCGCAAAUUUGUGAGCGCGUAUCUCGAAGCGGGCGAAUGGUUGAUGGACUUUGCGGUGGUGUGCCUCGGCCGCUCAUCGUCUUUUGAACGUAUACGUUAA